AUGGGUGUUUUCCCAGCAGCAAGCAGGAUGCAUUUGCCGGAAUCCUGGCAAGAGCUGAUGAUUUCGCCUGAUUCACCAAUUAUCGACUUUUAUCCGGACGAUUUUGUGGUUGAUUUAAAUGGGAAGAAAUUUGCAUGGCAAGGAGUUGCACUGUUACCGUUCGUCGAUGAAAAACGACUUCUCGAUGUUCUACUGCCGAUGGAAGAUAAAUUGGACGCUUUUGAAAAGGAGAGAAAUUCUAGAGGUCCUGAUCGAUUGUUUGUUGGUCCAUCGCACACUUUCUACAAAUUCAUGGAGCAAGUGUAUGAAAACGAUACAAAA